UUCGUAUUAAUCGACAUUUACAUAAACGUAUAUUUCAUUGUCAAGCAAUUCAAAAUUCAAAAAUUAAUAAUGGAAAUAAUCAAAAACAACUUCGAAUUCUUUCAAAUACACUUCAAAUGGAUGUUUCUUUGUAA